AUGCCAGUGCCAGAAAAUAACCACCUCGACGGCGACGAUGCUGCAUCGUCGCGGGCGCCUACCAUGGGCGCCUACUCGGAUACCACGCCGCUCCUGCGCUCCGAGACCACGUCACGGACGAGCCGGAGUAGUUCCGUCUCAGGCGCAGCUUCGCCGCCGUGUGCAGCAGCGGCAGGGCUGGAUGAGCCCAACGUCAAAGUCAGCCCGCGGAGAGGCGUCUCGAUUGCCCUGAGUGUUUAUGUUUUGAUUUUCUUGCAAGCGAGUAACAUGUCGGGCAUGACCAUGGCCCAAAGCACCAUUGCCGCCGAGCUCGAUGCCUAUGAGCACGCCAUGUGGUUCACCUCGUCGUACCUGAUUGCCAUGUCGUCGUUUGGCCCCCUUGCCGGGAGACUGGCGGCCAUCUUCUCGCCUCGGACUAUCAUUCUGUUCACCUCGGCCUUUUUUGUCGCCGGGGCCAUGUUGUCGGCUGCCGCCACGAGCCUGCCCGUCUUCCUCUUGGGCCGUGUCGUCACUGGUCUUGGUGGUGCUGGUAUCUUUACUACGGCCAUGAUUCUCGUGCUCGAGCUGACGAGUAAGCGAAGAAGAGGUUUGUUCGUGGGACUUGUCAACACUGGCUUUACCACGGGCGUCAGUCUUGGUGCUGUGGUUUUCGGCGAGCUGGUUCCGGUGACUGGAUGGAGAUUUCUGUUCUGGAUCCAGACCCCCCUCGCCGCUUUGGCAGGCCUGGGUGUUUAUUUCAGUCUGCCUGCUUCGUUCAGGCCAGAAAAGAAUGACGAGGAGGUGUCGACCUUUGCUAAACUGAAGCGAAUUGACUAUCUGGGUGCCUUCACACUAACCGGUACUCUUGUGCUCUUCCUCUACGGUCUCUCUGGAACGAUUCAAAUCAUUCCAAUUCUUGUUUCCGCCUGCACACUGGUCGCUUUUGUACUGUUUGAGUACUAUGUCGCAUCCGAUCCCAUUAUCCCGGUUGUGGUACUCCAAAACCGUGGUGCUUUGCUCUCCUGCCUUGCACAACUCGGGUUCAUGGCGACACGCUGGACUGUACUAUUCUACGCUCCCAUCACGGCGCUGGCCGUAUUUGGCUUCAGUCCUGGGGCCAGUGGAAGCAUGCUCAUUCCUACGAAUCUCGGAUUCGGAGCCGGCGGCCUCAUUGUCGGCUGGCUGCAUGUCAAGCGUGCUGGUAGCUUCUGGCUGCCAAGUCUGGUCUCCAUGGCCUUGUUCGGCCUGUCGCUGUUCAUGCUUAGCUUCGCGAGCAACCCAAGUGUCCCUACUUGGGUGUACGUGGCCAUUUUGUUUGCCAACGGUCUUUGCACGGGUGCAACCCUUAACUACACGUUGGCACACUUGCUGCACUUGACACCCAGCAGCACGCAUUACAUUGCAACAAGCCUGCUCGCCACAUUCCGGGGCUUUGCAGGAAGUUUCGGCACGGCCAUUGGCGGCGGCAUCUUUGUCAGGAGCCUCCGAGAUGGACUGGAGCAGGGCUUCAUGACAGUCGACGGCACGGACAAGCUCUCUGACGCGCGACAGCUGCUCAUCAAGAGGCUCGUCGGUAGCCCUGCGCUGGUCCACGACGGCGGCUUGUCGACCGUGGACCAUCAUGUCGCUGUUGACGGCUACGUGGCUGGCUUGAAGGUUCUCUUUCAGGCUGCCGUCGUCCUCAGUGCCAUUGUCUUGGUUCUACAAGCCGCGACUGGGUGGAAUGGUCCAAAGGACCAGGAUGAGGAUGUGGAGGAGGUCAGACAGGCGUUGGCGCAGAGCGAUCCAGAGUACGAGGCCUGA